AACAACGUGGGCUGUGGAUGUGGCAGGGCAUCCGCGAUACACUGACCGACUCUCCUCCACGCAGCACAGCUGUAUCAGAGGUUGGUUUUCUAACCACGCAUUCUCAUAUCGUCAGGCAACGACUACGUUUGUUUGGGUGCCAUGUUUAACAGGCUAGCUUCGUGCACUCGCCUGCCAGCCAGAAUCCGACUGUUGAAUCAUGUCAGUUCAACCUCCAGCAGAGGAUUCUCUCAGGCUAAAUUUGUACUCCCACGUCCCCAUGGGAAGUCUUUUGCCCACCGCAGUGAGCUGAAGCAGGCCAAACGGAUUGUGGUGAAGCUGGGCAGCGCUGUGGUCACACGUGGGGAUGAGUGUGGCCUGGCCCUGGGACGGCUGGCCUCGAUAGUAGAGCAGGUGGCAAUGCUGCAGAACCAAGGCAGGGAGAUGAUGAUUGUCACAAGUGGCGCCGUGGCGUUCGGGAAGCAGCGACUGAGACACGAGAUCCUUUUGUCUCAGAGUGUCAGACAAGCCCUGCACUCUGGACAGAACCAGCUCAAAGACAUGUCAGUCCCGGUUCUGGAGGCUCGAGCAUGUGCAGCUGCUGGUCAGAGCGGUCUGAUGGCGUUGUAUGAAGCUAUGUUCACCCAGUACAGCAUCUGCACUGCACAGAUUCUGGUCACCAAUCUGGAUUUUCACGAUGAGCAGAAGCGUCGCAACCUGAACAGCACGCUGCACGAGCUGCUGCGGAUGAACAUCGUUCCCAUCAUCAACACCAACGACGCUGUCGUUCCUCCCCCUGUUCCCAACAGCGACUUGCAGGGGGUGAAUGUAAUAAGCAUAAAGGAUAAUGACAGCCUGGCUGCACGGCUGGCUGUAGAGAUGAAAGCCGACCUUCUCAUUGCCCUGUCUGACGUUCAAGGUCUAUACGACAGUCCCCCGGGAACAGACGAUGCUAAGCUCAUAGAUAUAUUUUACCCUGGAGAUCAGCAGUCCAUCACAUACGGCACCAAGUCCAGAGUCGGCAUUGGAGGAAUGGAAGCCAAGGUGAAAGCUGCCCUUUGGGCCCUUCAGGGAGGAACCUCCGUCAUCAUCGCCAACGGCACCGAUCCCAAAGUUACGGGCCACGUCAUCACCGACAUCGUGGAUGGGAAAAAAAUUGGCACCUUCUUCUCUGAAGUGAAACCAGCAGGUCCGACUGUGGAGCAGCAGACGGAGAUGGCACGGCACGCCGGCAGGGCUUUGGCCUCCCUGCUGCCUGAGGAGAGAGGAGAAAUCAUCUGCUGCCUUGCUGAGCUUCUUACAGAGAAGAAAGAUGAGAUUCUUAGCGCUAACAGGAAAGACAUGGAGCUGGCGACGGCAACAGGUCGUUUGUCCCAGCCUCUGAUCAGUCGUCUGAGCCUUUCAACCGCUAAGCUGAACAGCCUGGCCAUCGGCCUGCGCCAGCUCGCCGCGUCUUCCAGGAACAGCGUGGGUCGAGUGUUGAGAAGGACCAAGGUGGCUAACAACCUGGAGCUGGAACAGAUCACGGUCCCCAUCGGGGUCCUGCUAGUUAUCUUUGAGUCGCGUCCCGAUUGUCUCCCUCAGGUGUCGGCUUUAGCUAUUGCCAGUGGGAAUGCACUGCUGCUUAAAGGAGGCAAAGAGGCAUCCAACACGAACAAAAUCCUACAUCAGCUCACCCAGGAAGCACUCUCGAUUCAUGGGGUGGCAGAUGCCAUUCAGCUGGUGAGCACACGCGAAGAAGUCGAGGAUCUGUGCAGAUUAGACAAGUUGAUAGACUUGAUCAUUCCAAGGGGUUCAUCCCAGCUGGUCCGAGACAUCCAACGAGCAGCUAAGGGCAUUCCCGUGCUGGGCCACAGCGAGGGCGUCUGUCACGUCUACGUAGACGUCGAUGCCAGCGUAGACAAAGCUAUCGACGUCGUCAAAGACUCCAAGUGUGACUACCCUGCAGCCUGCAACGCCAUGGAGACCCUCCUGAUUCACAGAGAUUUGCUGCGGACUCCCAUGUUUGACCAGAUAAUUGACUUGCUGAGAGCAGAACAAGUGAAAGUCCAUGCAGGUCCUCGCUUUGCUUCCUAUUUAACCUUCAGCCCCUCUGAGGUGAAGUCUCUCCGCACAGAGUAUGGUGACCUGGAGUGCUGCAUCGAGGUGGUAGACAGCAUGCAGGAUGCGGUGGACCACAUCCACAAAUAUGGCAGCUCCCACACUGACGUCAUUGUCACCGAGAACGAGAAUACAGCCGAACAGUUCCUGCAGCAGGUCGACAGCGCCUGUGUGUUCUGGAACGCUAGCUCUCGCUUCGCCGAUGGCUACCGCUUCGGCCUGGGAGCCGAGGUUGGCAUCAGCACAGCCAGGAUACAUGCCCGUGGUCCAGUGGGUUUAGAGGGACUUCUCACCACUAAGUGGGUUCUUCGAGGGGAGGGACACACUGUGGCUGAUUUCUCUGAACAAGGCAGUAUGAAAUAUCUCCAUGAAAACAUCCCAGUUCCUCAGGGGACUCUAAAUUAGUUACUGACAAAAGAACAAUAUCAAGAGGACUCAACCCAACUGGUGUCAGCCAAGACUUUCUUUAGAGGUUUGUGUCUGCCAGUAGCAUUUCCACCUGCUAGUGUCUAGUUUAUCACCUGUGUUGGAAACUGUAAUCCUGAAAAAUGACUACUUUUAUUGGACAACCAAAUUCUUUCUGGGUUUUUUUUCUUGGUCAUUUCAGUUUUAUCAGAUAUAGAAAAAACUCCCAGCAAUGUGUGUUAAAUAACCGAGCAGUAAAGGAAUUGUGCAAAAAUGUAAAAAGGUGAAACAUGAUGCAGACGAGGAGGAAUCAUUUUCCUCUGCCAGACCAUUGGAAUCACUGGCCCAGUUGAGGGUUUUCUAAUUUAUUUUUCUACGUGUAAACGCUCGUGCAGGAUCAUGGUUAAGAUUUGUUUUGCUGUCCUUUUUUUCUUUUUGCACAGAGAUGAAUAAAUAUGAUGUACAGUUCUUAAAACA